AUGGGGUGCGUCAAAUCCAAGAGCAGCGACUCUGCAGUCCAAAAUGCAAACUCCACAGACAAGGUGGAAGCCAAGGCGGGCGGGAAAGCCUACUUGGUUCACUCAGAGACGGGCUCGGCCGAGAGCUCCCCUCAGGUCAACCCAGUGCUGCUGGAGUACGCCCAGAGGCUCUCUGAGGAGAUCGUGGCCCGGGCUGUGCAGCAGUGGGUGGAGGUGGACCGCCGCUACAGCGACAUCCCCUACAUUGAAUGUGACGUACCAUGACACGGGAAGGGAAGUCACAGUAGAAAGACAUUUAUACUGGAGGUUCUACAUGUGAUUAAACAAGGCCAAUAGUCUGAAAACCCUCCAUUCAGAAAGAAUCCUUCAAGCAUCUACCUGCUGUGGGCAGGAAUAUGAGUGAGCUGUCAGCAAUGCAGUUUUGACCUACUUUUGGAUUGGAUAAUACUUGGAUUGAGUCUAAAAAGCCUCCUCCGAAGCGACCAAAGCACUCUGAUCCCGUGCUCGUUUCUGUGAUUAUCUGUAUCAAAGCUGGAGACUUGCUGAAGCAGAGUGUCUUUAGCUGGAUAUCGUCUUUCUCAGACCUUAUUUGUCCCCCGUCUCUGUAUGUGUUGGCUCUCUGCGGCUGGUCUUAUAAUGCAAAGCAAGAAAUCCUAUCAGAUAUUGCCUGGAAUCGCAAUGUUCCUCCUUGCCAGUGAAAGUCUAUCCUGUCCAUUGAUGCUGUCCUAGGGCCAAGAUUCUCUCCUCUUACGGUGGAAGUUAUUUAUAGAUCCCUUCAUUUGGUGACGGCUCUCACUUGAAAAAUCUCGCUGGAAUCAUCAGGUCAGAAACACACCCAGCUGUCCUGCUCCUUCUGGUCUGACAAAAGGCUCCAAGUUCUCCCUUAAUGGCCUCCCUGGAGACACCCGUGGCUGAACCGCAACCAGGAGCAUCUUCCUCGGCUCUGCUUAUCUCACUGCCAUUAGGCUUCAACCAGCGGGCAGGGUUCUCAAAAUGGGUCCAGGAAAUUAUGUGUACAAAUGAUGUAUUUCCUGCGCUCCAGGAUAUUCUGUAUACACAAGUCACAGUUUGGGAACUUUUACAUUAGGACCCAGAUCACUGGGGACUUGCUGGUCUCUCAGCCACGAAGAAACCACGACGUGACAAAGGACUGACACACUUUUCAAAAAGGAUUUGGCUUGUCAACAGAACUGGAGUUUAAAAAAAAACAAAACACUUAGUUUUGGCUUAAAUAUUGUAGGCCUAAUUUUUUGUUAAUCGUGUGUCAUUGUACAACACCUAACCGAAAAAUACUGCCAUCUGCCCUAUAGAGGACAACAGCACAAAUAUGCAAACCUCGAAACCCAUGACAUUACAACCGAGCAUAUACAGUAUAUAACUUCUUAAAAUAGUGUGGUGCUGCUCCAUAACAGAGGACGAUACAUACCAAGGGGACAGAGUAGAUAUAUUUGGAAUAGAGGUUCACAACUGCCGAAGUCCUUAAUGAAUGUUACCAUGAGCCCAACACAGUUUAGGUGAAUUGUUUUGUACCGUAUGAUUUAUAUCAGAGGGGACAUUAUGCAGGUCUGGCCUUUGUUUGGCAGAUAGAAAGGUAGUUUGGCUGAAGUCAGAAGUCAAACGGUACUCUGAUGUCACUGGGAUUUACCCAAAAUUCAAGUCACAUUAAUAGUUAGGCUCUACUGAGGAGCAUCAACGAGAACACUUAAACUGCCAAACAACUAUUUGCAGCGGUCACAGCUUUGAAUAGUGUCGUAGUAACUGUUAGAAUACUUCAACACAAGCUGAUAAGCCAUAUAAAACAGUGGCAGGGGAUCCUCGCCACUUGCCUUCUCCCCAGGUUUUCUCUUUUAACAGUGACAGUGUUUUAGCAUUGACAUUUAACUGGCCAGUCCCAAUAAAUACAGGUGAUGUGAGUCACAUUGUAUUGGGAAGUCUAACCAAUACAAAUGCUAUUUGAGUUCUGACUCAAAGCGUGCCCGGUCACUUAGCGAAGAGCAGCAUCACAGAUCGCACGUCAAAGCCUCAGUUUACAAGCAGUAUUAUUGAGGUGAGCUGAGGGUUGCUGACUGAGAGAGGGUUCUCAAAAGGGACACGAUGUGUGCCGUCAGACACCUUUAAAAGUCAUCACAGAAAACAUAACUAGACACUGUUCUCCACGCGCCAUACUCCUACUUCUUAAUCUGAUGCCAUUUGUUUUACUUCAGACAAAACCAUGAAGGCUAAUCUCGCUGCUGUGCUGUUUACUCUGAAUGUUGGGAUUUAAAAAACCAAAAGGCUUGUUUCAUUAGCACAACAAAGAAGUGAUGUCAGUGCGAAGAGAAUUGAGUUUGGUCAGUUCAUGCAAUUAAAGGUGCACAUUCUCUUUACAGUUCACGUGCUGGAGGUUGAUGAGUCUUUUUAUUUUCCAUGUUGAUUUUUAACAACAUUUAGAAUACUGACACCAAAUUGUGUGAGGGGAAUUUAUUUCGUAGGCUAUACAUCAAAGAUGUUGUUAUAAUGCUGAUGUCGGGCAAAAUGUUGCAUUUCGAGUAUGAUGUCAUCACUGAGAAAAGUCACAAUUUACAAAUUGUGGUAUCGUGUGUUUACAAAUUCACAAGAGAUUCAGGUUUUUCACCUCUGGCAGAGAGCAGGUCUCGUGGUCGUCUACAAGAAAGGCAGUGAAUUAGAUUUUCCUUCUUGAGACAGCCAUGAAGGGACUGCAUCUGCACCACAGAGAGGUAAAAAUCAGAUCCACUGUGAACGCUUGUCUUCAUUUAAACAUCCGUCUUCCAGUUGAAGCUUUUAAAAGUUGAAGCUGACUGAAAGGCUGCCUGUGCUUCCUAUUGGAAACUGAUUUAUAGUUUUUAAAGGUCACCCAUUUCAAAUUGUUUUACACCAGCAGGUUUUCGACACAGACGGGAGACGCUGCUGAAUUGGCCAGACUCAUCCAAAACUUGCUCUAGGAUUAUUGAUCACGGGGUGCAGGCCAGGGUCUGGAGGGCUGGCAACUAACCAAUAAUUUCAUUAGCAAUUCAUUUUUCGAUAAUUAUCUUGAUUAAUUGCUUUGUCUAUAAAGUGUCAGACCAUAGUGAAAAUGCCUUUUAAGAUUUCCCACAGCCUGCAGUCAUUUCCAACAGUCCAUUCCCUAAAGACAUAUCAUAGAUGGCAAAGACAAGCAUCAAAGACUGACAUUUGUUUGAGAAAUGACAAAAACAGAAAAAAUAGUUGCUGGUACAUUUUCAACUUGUUCAGUGUCUUAAAGAGGUCAUAUUAUGCUCAUUUUCAGGUUCAUCAUCUUAUUUAGGGGUUGUACCAGAACAUAUUUACAUGGUUUCAUUUUCAUAUUUUUGUCUGCAGCUCCUCUUUCCACCCUGUGUGUUGAACGCUCCAUUUUAGCUACAGAUUGAAGCAUCUCACUUUGUUUGAUCUUUGUUGGGAGUUGCGCAUGCGCAGUACGUAGUUACGUAGUUACGUAGUACUACGAGCCAGUCAAAAGCAGAGUAGGGCAGAUCCUGUCUUGCUGGUAACCAGGGCUUCGGUUCAGCUGUACAAGUUCCCGAACCAGCUUUCCCUUUUGCAUAAAGUUUUAACUGUGGGUAAGGAGGUAGGGGUGAGAGGGGAGGCAGCAGGCGGACGUCUUGUCACUGUGUGUGCUGCAGCUCAGUGUGUUUCUCCACCAGUGUUUUUAAUGGUGUACCACACUUGCCGCUAGGCGAGAAUUAUGUUACAAAGUGACGCAGAUAGGUUACGGAAGUAAAAGCUAGACUAAAAACAAGCUGUUUUCAGGCAGAGCAGAGUUUUCUGUGGGAGAUGGGAACUCCCUUUGGGCUGGACUUUGGGCUUUUUCACUUUGCAAACCUGUUACAUGCACAAAAAAAGGUAUAUAACUCAAUAAAGGAGAGGGGAAAAGCCAAAAAGCAUAAUAUGACCUCUUUAAGAAACUUGUUUAAAAUCAGGUGUUAGCUCACCAUGAGUCAUAUGUUAUGUCAUAGCCAUUGUUGCAGGUGAUUACAGGGUUCAGACUCCUGUACCCACAAUGCCUCUGAUGUAUAAGUGUUUCAUAACAAAGUGACCCAUAGUAGAAAGCGCGGUCAGAGUGACGGAGGUGAUACUAAGAUUAAACAUGAACAGUGAUGAAUAGUUUCCAUGAUUAGUCUGCUGUCAAAUAAGUGAAAAAAAGCUUUGUACGAUCAUACAAGUCGGCCUGUCAAUAGAUCGUCAUAAAAUGUGUGACUUUUUGCAUAUCACUAUACUACACUAUUCAUUUAACUUGCAAACUGUACAUACAGUGUGUUAAAACUGACAAUGCCAAUAAAUCAGAUUUUAUGCCUUCUA